AUGGCUUCGUUACCAAAGGACGGUCUUCAUGACAUGACGUUGCUGCUGGCGAAGCUGGCGCCGGCCACCGUGGGCGACAUGGUGGCCCUUGUUAUCAUGGCGGCCAUGGCAGGUGCUUACCUCUUCCCGGAGUACACUUGGAACAAUCCAAGCCCUUACAGGCACAUUUGGUAUGAGAGGCCGCAAGAUCAGGACGCUGCGACACGGUCGGCCACCCGCGCGACACGCAACAUUGCCCAGCGACUCGAGGAGCUGGGUAAAAAAGUCGUCGUCUUUUGGGGUUCGCAGUCUGGCACUGCCGAGUCCUUUGCGAAGCGGCUCGCCAGAGAGCUUUCCCAAAGAUUUGGCCUGGCUACAAUGCCAGCCGACCUCUCAGACUUUGACCCGGAGACCAUCUCUUCCAUCAACGAAGACAAGCUUGCCGUCUUUAUCCUUGCGACUUAUGGUGAAGGCGACCCAAGCGACAACGCCAACCAGUUCUGGGACUGGGUUACCAAGACAGCAUCUCCUUCGUCGCUGUCCUCUCUGCGCUACGCCGCCUUUGGCCUCGGCAACAGUAACUACCUGCACUUCAAUCGAGUAGUCGAUUUCAUUGACAGCGCUCUUCAAGAGGCCGGCGCUCAGCGCCUCCUACCGGUAGAGAAAGCCGACGAUGCAAACGGCGACACGGAGGAAGACUUUUGCCGAUGGAAAGAACAUUUUUUCGCGUUUCUUGUAAGCGGCCUUGGGAUCAAAGAGCAAGAGCAAAAGUACGAGCCCAUGGUCUCCGUCGUCUACGACACGUCCAUGGAGCCCAUCGACCUGCACCAUGGCGAGCCAGCUCAACCGCGAGGCAAGGGCUCUACCUCCAAGACGCAAGCACUAGCCAUCAAGCACGUGCGUGAACUAUUCACGAACUCAAAGCGAAACUGCCUCCAUCUUGAGAUUGACAUUUCCGAGCACCCUGAGCUAGUCUACAAGACUGGGGAUCACGUCGGUGUCUGGCCUGUCAACCCCGAUCAGGAGGUUGACCGCCUCUUUCGGGUGCUUGGCUUGGCUGGCGACAGAGACACGCCUCUUUCAAUUAGCGCUCUCGACCCAGCAGUCAAAGUUCAACUCCCAACUCCUACGACCGUCGGUGCUCUUUUUCGGUACUACGUCGAGAUUUGUGCCCCAGUUUCCCGCGAACUGGCUCGCGCCGUUGCCGAAUUUGCGCCCUCUCCAGAAGCCAGGUCCUGGGUCCUUGAGCUAUGCGCCUCUAGGGACUUGUACUCGCAGUUCCUGGAGCGAAACUAUGUUACUCUGGGCAGAUUACUCGAGCGCGCUCUUGGGGACAGCGAUCUGGUCUGGUCCGGCGUGCCGCUGGCAUUUAUUCUGGAGAAUCUGCCAGAAACGCGACCUCGGUAUUACUCGAUUUCAUCCUCGAGUGUUCUGUCUCCCCGGUCUGUGUCGAUCACUGCGCUCGUUUCGAACACGGCGCUCGGCGAUGAAGAGCAGACAGUGCCUGGAAUCACGACAAACUACCUGCUAGCCAAGUCUCACGCACACCAUGAGGUUACCAUCAGUCCUUCGCCAGCUCCAGGGCUCUCGUACCAUCUGCCGGGCCCUUCCGACGUUCUGAAAGAGGCCAAGGUGUUCGCGCACAUUCGCCGCUCGACGUUCAAGCUCCCCACGCAGCCCUCAUGCCCACUGAUCAUGCUCGCGGCCGGUACCGGACUUGCUCCCUUCCGCGCAUUCAUCGCUGAGAGGUGUCGCCUACAGUCCAUGGGGAGGCAGGUCGGCGACAUGCUGCUUUUCUUCGGCUGCCGACACCCAGACGAAGACUGCAUCUACCGCGCGGAGCUAGCGGAAAUGCAGGCAGCAUUGUGCGGAAAGCUACAGAUUAUCGUGGCAUUUUCUCGGCUUCAUCAGACCGAGAGGACAUAUAUACAGGACAAAAUGGCUGCGCAUGAGACCGAAAUCUGUCGCCUUGUGGACAGUGAGGGCUCGAUAUACAUUUGCGGCAGAGCCAGCAUGGCAAGAGAUGCCGGUAGGACACUGGGUCAAUCUAUGGGCCACCACAGAGGAAUGGAUGAGCGCCAGGUUCAGGACUGGGUAGCGAGUAUGAAGCGCACAAGAAAGUGGCAGGAAGACGUCUGGGGCUAG